ACGAGAGAAAAAAAAGGACAGUGCUCAGGUCCGUUGCUUGCUAAAACAAAAGAGCACUCACACGUGAUACAUGAGAGAGAGAGAGAUUUUGAUGAAUUUCCACCUGCUUGAAGAUUUGCUGUCAGAAAUAACUCUGCACAUGUAAAGAGUUGUGUCUGAUUGUGUUUUCGAUUUGAAGGAUCCACGAUGCCUCCUGCUGCGACGACAAACCUGGGCUACACCCCACCUGAUGGUGGGUGGGGAUGGGCGGUUGUGUUUGGAUCAUUCAUAUCCAUAGGGUUUUCAUAUGCCUUCCCAAAGUCACUCACCAUCUACUUCAAGGAGAUCCAGGAGUAUUUCUCUAUCUCCUACAGUGAGAUUGCAUGGGUGUCAUCAAUCAUGCUUGCCACCAUGUAUGCAGGAGGACCAGUGAGCAGCAUACUGGUCAAUCGCUAUGGUAGCAGACCUGUUGUCAUGGUUGGCGGGCUCUUGGUAUCAGUGGGAAUGAUAAUAUCUUCUUUUGGCACAAGCAUAACGCAUUUGUACAUAUGUGUGGGAGUCAUUGGAGGUUUUGGCUUGGCUUUUAACUUGCAGCCAGCCCUUACCAUCAUUGGGAAGUACUUCCUGGUGAAGAGACCAAUUGCUAAUGGUCUGGCCAUGGCAGGGAGUCCAGUGUUCCUUUCCACUCUUGCUCCACUCAACCAGUUCCUGUUCGAUAACUUUGGCUGGAGGGGAAGCUUUUUUAUACUGGGAGCCAUUGUGCUGAAUUGCUGUGUGGCUGGAUCUCUAAUGAGACCAAUUAAAGUCAAAAAGGUGACUCCUUCUCCAGUUUUCAAAGGAGCAGCUAAAGAGCAGGUUGGAAAUGACAAGGAGGAUUCUGGGACUCCGGUUGAUGGCCUUCUCGAAGGACAGGAACAGCAAGACAAAAAACAGGCGGGAUGUGCAGCCAAAGUGAAUCAGUUCAUUGAUAUUUCUCUCUUCAAACACCGGGGAUAUCUCAUUUACCUGGUGGGAAAUGUGGUGAUGUUUUUUGGCUUCUUCGCUCCCGUUGUGUUCUUGGCCCCUUACGCCAAACAUCUGGGAAUCGAUGAAUAUUCUGCAGCCUUCCUGCUCUCUAUCUUUGCCUUGGUGGACAUGGUAGCUCGGCCUGGCACGGGCUUGGUUGCUAACAGCAGGUGGAUCAGACCUAGGAUCCAAUAUUUCUUCAGUUUUUCUGUGGCCUAUAACGGCGUUUGCCAUUUACUGUUACCUCUGCUGGGUGGUGCUUAUGCAGGUCUGGUGGUGUAUGCGGUUCUCUUUGGAAUAGCCUUUGGGAUGGUGUGUGCUUUGCUUUUUGAGGUCCUGAUGGACUUGGUUGGAGCCCAGCGUUUUUCCAGUGCUGUUGGGUUGGCCACUAUUAUUGAAUGUGGCCCAGUUCUGCUCGGGCCCCCUAUCUCAGGGGCACUGGUUGACAUCUUCAUGGACUACAAGUAUAUGUACUAUGCGUGUGGAGUGAUGAUGGUGGUCCCUGGAAUCUUCCUCUUCAUCAUGAAUUACUAUAACUACAGAUGGUUGGAACAGGAGGAAAAGCAGAGAAAAGAGCAGGAAGAGUUACAAAUAGGCACAGCUAAGGAGCUAGCUGCUAUGGAGGAGGGAUACGAUUCUGAACUAGGAGUCAAACUCAGUGAGGAGGAAGAAACCACACAUUUACCUACCAAAGAGGCCUAACCACACGGAAGUGCUUUUAUGGGGGGGGAGGGGGGGGGGGGGGACGACUGCAAUUUGCAUUUGCUUUAUUUUGUUUAAAGAACAUUCUGUCAUUACAACAUCUUUGUUUCAAGUUAAGUUUAAAGGCACCAAGGCAAGUAUUUUACAGACAAAUCUUUGAUCCAGCAAUGGCAAUGACAUAUCAUGGUUGGAAUAUAUUUAACUGGUAAAUGGUUGAGAUGAGUAACCUUAAUUUUAAAUGCUCUUUUCCUUAUGCAGUGUUUUGCUAAAUGGUUGUCAGCAUGUGUUUCUGUUUUUAUUUUUGUUUUUUUUGUUUUUUUGCAGUUGGCACAGAAUGUAGAUGUGCUUUCUGUCACCAGAGGUCUCUGUUACUCCAGUUACAAAUCUGGAUAAAGUUUUUACACAGAUA